AUGCCUAGAUCUUCACGUACAGGUACGCCUAUUCCCAUAGACACAGAAAUUGAACGGACAGCCAAGCGAUUCAGGAAGCUAGCUAGGCUUGGGAAGGCGCAAGGCGAAUCUUCAAGUUCACCGGUAAUCAACAUCUGGAAGGAUAUUGAAUUACCAUCCGMGUCUGAAAGCGAAGUAGAGGAACUWAAGACGGAAUCUGAGGAAGAAGAGGAGGAAAAUCCGAAGGUCAACAUGGCCGAUGAGCAGACUUUACGUCAAUURGCAACUCAAGACGUUGCUCAAACUCCAAUUUGUAUCAGGUAUCCGACAGGUAAUCAAAACUUUGUUCUUAAGACUGGCUUGGUCCAUCUCUUACCCACAUAUCACGGGUUAGAGAAUGAGGACCCUAAUAAGCAUUUAAAGCAAUUCYAUAUUGUUUGCUUGAGCAUGAAACCGGCCGAGGUCACGGAGGACCUUAUAMAGUUAAAGGCUUUUCCUUUUUCUUUAAAGGACCGGGCUACUGAUUGGUUAUACUCGUUACCUCCUGAUUCGGUAACGACGUGGAACCAAAUGGCGAGGCUAUUUCUAGACAAAUUCUUUCCCGCCUCCCGAGCCGCUAACCUCCGUAGAGAGAUUUGUAGCAUUAAGCAACGAGAUGUUGAAACUCUCCAUGAAUAUUGGGAGAGAUUCAAACAUCUCUGUGUGCGUUGUCCACAACAUGGAAUCUCAGAACAAUUGCUCUUGCAAUACUUUUAUGAGGGUCUCCUACCUAUGGAUAGGAAGAUGAUUGAUGCCGCCAGUGGCGGUGCCAUGUUCAAUAAGACCCCAACUGAGGUUAGAGCUUUAAUCACUACCAUGGCUGAGAAUUCCCAACAAUUUAGUGUGAGGAAUGAUAUGAGGAGAGAGCCCACAAAGGCCAAUGAGAUAAACGUCGCGAGCAUUGAGAGUCGUUUGUUUGAUCUUACUAACUUGGUCAAACAGCUUGUAGUUGAUAAAGAACAAGAUGUGUUGGUGACGGCCGAAAAUGUGAACGCUAUAGGAGGUUAUCAAGGUCAGCCACAACCACAACAAAGAUUCUUCAACAACAAUUUUGGCAACCAAAGACCUCCUCAAUUUCAGAAUUUCGUGCAAAGGCCACCACAACAACAGUUUCAGCAAAGAACACCUUUCAAUCCGAAUCAAGCUACUUCUAGUAGCCCAGGUAUGUCUCUUGAAGAUAUUGUCAAGAGUUUAGCUGCUAAUACUCUUCAAUUCCAACAGAAAACAGAGGCAAGCAUUCAAAAUUUGGGAGCUCAAAUGACGCAACUUGCCACUUCCGUGAGCCGGUUGGAAUCUCAAGGAAAGUUGCCUUCCCAAACGGAGACAAACCCGAAACAGAAUGUAAGUGCAAUUGUCUUGAGGAGUGGGAAGGAACUUGAAGAACCAAAUAUGGCAAAGAGUAGGGAAGUGGAGAAAGAGCAAGAGGUAAGCCCGAAACCUAUUCAAGAUAAGAAACAAUCGGGAUCCACUGACGAUGUAAGUGAGAAAGCAAAGGUAAUUCCACCUCCUUUUCCUAYGCGUUUUCAAAUGUCUAACAAAGCUAGAGAGGAAAAGGAAAUCUUAGAAACUUUUAGGAAGGUCGAGGUAAAUAUUCCUCUUUUAGACGCAAUCAAGCAAUCCCUCGUUACGCUAAGUUUUUGA